CGCGCACACAUAUUCAAUUCCGAAGCCGUUAUUUCCAUAUAUCCGCAACAACUUCCACUGAUUCAUUCAAUCCUACAACACGAGGAUGAUCAGAUUCAUCGACCAUUCGUCCGCUAUCGAUUGUGUUCUCGGCUAGAAUCUUGUCCCACGCUUCUUACGCAACUUCAGCACCAUCAGUUCCGCCAGCCCAGGCAUUAAACAACGAUGUUCUUCCUUCCCUUGACCGACCGAUUGGCAUUGAAAUUAUGCCGCAUGUGGGGGAUCAAUUAGUGGGUACUGAGAAAGACUCACGGGCUUGGAAAGAACGAACGAGGGAUAAGCUUGACAACAACAAGAUAUUGUAGAAAGGCCAGAAAACCUAGUGGAGUUCAUGAAUGAAUCCUACUGGAACAAUUUCUAUGGCAUUAAGAAACAUAUGGGGAAGCACUGGGUUGUGCCGACCCGUAUGUUCCAGAAGGACAAAGCACUGUAUAUGCCGAACCUAAAAGGACGAACGCCGAACACAAGUUCGGCAAAAGACGAGAGUACAGCGUCGGCUAUCCUGAACCACGCUGUCACUCUUGUUUCCAUCUUUUCUUCUCGGUCAGCUGAGGAACAGGCUGCGACGUUCUCCAAUGCUUUCAGGGAACACUUGGCCUCUGUCGCAGGAAGUGAGUGGCCUGGCAUGUUGUUGGAUGCUGAGGCCAGGAUCAGAUGGGCGAGUUUGGACAAGGCACCAAAGACUGUCGAUGCAGGUGCGAUGGAGGGUGCUAACACGGAGAAGGCUUCGGAGCUGCAGGCAAAGGUUGAGGAUGUGAAGGGUUAAUGAGGUGAAGAAGCCUAAGCAGGACGAAAUCAAUGUGCUUCAGUCCGAGGUGGAUUCACUCGGUGAGCAAUUGGCAAGGAAACUGG